UUCAUUCAAUCAGUCAGUCAGUCUAUCUUAUUUUGCUUUCUCGUUUGUGCACCGAAAAACUUCCACCCAAUCGCAGUGGAGCUAUUGAUACUGAAAUUGUUACCAUCGGAGAAGCAGUGCCCCCUCACAAGUGUGGUGGGCUUCACCUGAGGAAACACGUAAAGCGACUUACUCUGUCCAGUCAGCAGUAGCAGUAGCAGUGGUGGACAAAGAAACAACAAGCUUAGCAUUUGCCAAACACAAAUUGGCUUACGACGACGAAGCACAAUCUGCAAGGUUUCCUUCAUCAUACUUCUCAGCUGACGGUGUGUUACUAACUACGAUUCAAUAUAUCACGACGAAAGAAAGUGGCGAGUGUAUCAUCUAACUAGAAUCGGUUCUGUUCGGUCAAUUACGACAGUCUACUAAGUGUAUAAGUGUCCGCUUGUCGUCAGGUUCGACAGGGAGCGAAGAUGUCGCUUCGUGCUAUACAGAAACGGGACAGGAACAAAUUAUCGUCUACCCAGCAGAAGCAGCAUCACUUUAUCAACAAAAGUCGAAGCUUCGGCGGAGGUCCAACAGGCAUCGUCGUCAGUGGCACUGGCAGUAGUGUUGGUGCUAGCGCUACUGGUGGCCAUCACCAUAAUAAUAGUCAUCACCAUCAUCAUCAUCACCAGCAUAGUAGUAAAAAUGAAAAGUGGAGAAAUUCAAGCACCGUCAGCAUAUCAUCUACGACGACGACUGUAGCAGCAGCAGGAGCAGGCCUGACUCACAAGAAACGCUCUGUUUCCUAUCCGAGUUUGCAGAAACGCAGCACCACCCACUCAUCAUCAUCGUCAUCGUUACGGUUCACCAAGUCCGAAAGUGAUCUCCACAGUGCGGCAUCCCCCGGUGGGACCACGACGAGUGACGCCGUGGAUACGAACAACUUGUACCUGGGUGCCAAAUCCGAAGUUUGCCUCCGGACGUUGGCAGUCAAGAGUACCCAUCAGCCUCCGCCACCGUUUGGCCAGGGCAGUGCAGCUACCAGCACUAGCAAUCGCCAAAGGAUGUACGAAAGUAGCCGGAGGCCAUCGGAGAUCGGUAGCGAGCUGGGCAGGGCCGACAAGUACGCAGGCAUCAACAACAACAACAACAACAAUGUCGCCGUCCGGAUACCGAUCAUCGGCUAUGAAGUCAUGGAGGAGAGAGCCAGAUUCACUAUCUUCAAGCUGCGCAUCGAAAAUAGCAUCUCCCACACGUGCUGGCUGGUACUGCGGCGCUACACCGACUUUGUCCGACUGAACAACAAAUUACGUUCGCUGUUUCCACACUGCACCCUGAUACUGCCGCGGAAGAAAUGGUUUGGCGAUAACUUCAGCAGCGGCUUUAUCGACAACCGGAUACAAGGUCUGCAGACCUUCAUCAAUACCAUCCUGAGCGAUGACGCCAUGCGGACCAACCCGGCGGUGCGGGAGUUUUUCUGCCUCGACGAACCGCCGUCCUACUCGGAGAGCAUGGAGGAAUCUCGGAUAAUUUUUGAAGCUCAGGAAGAAACCAUAUCUCAUCUGAAGCAACAGCUUCAGACCAAAGAUGAACUGAUUUCGGCUCUCCAGGCAAAACUAGCCAACGAAAUGAGUAGGAAUAAGGUGCUCAGCAACGUUGUACGGAAUAGCUUCGAGAACUGCCCCAAAUGUGCAAAACAGAUAGACAACCAUUUGAAGGAGUCGGCUUUCAAAUAGGAUUGGUCGUGCCUUCCUUAUCCGCCC